AUGGUUGGGUUCGCCCGGCUGGUCCGGGCGUGUCGCCUUCCCGCCGCCCCCGUGCUUAGUUCUAUCUUGAAGCUCAACAGGCUUCGUGGUAGAAUUCCAGCGACAAGCAGCCGGGCGGGCCAAGCCAUGGGCCAGCAGCUGGGCGGAGAACGCUUCACCGACAGGACAUAUACGUACAGUGUGCCCACUGCACUUGCUUGUGCAGCCGCUGGUUUAGCUUUGUUUACUGCUGUUUCUGCUUCUCGCACGGAAGGUUUAGUGCUGUGCGAAGGCCCCGGCUGUGAUAAAAAUCAUGAAAACCCACUGUGGAGAUCCAGGGAGAGUCAGCCCUUCACGAGGAAGCUCGGGGACGCGUUGCUCUUCACCGGAACAGCCAAUGAACAUUUGGGCUCCGCUGUUGCAGAAAGACUUUCAACUCGUUUGGGAAGAGUUUCAGUCGGCCGGUUUGCUGAUGGAGAGGUGAACAUCCAGUUUCUUGAUUCUCUGCGGGGGAAGGAUGUGUACAUCAUACAACCCACCAGCACGCCUGUCAACGACCACCUCAUGGAACUCCUCCUCAUGAUUUCAACUUGUCGCCGCGCCUCCGCCAAAAAAAUCACAGCUGUCAUCCCCUACUUCGGCUACGCCCGGCAGGACAGAAAGAUGAACAGUCGGGUCCCAAUCUCAGCGGCUGAUGUUGCGCGGAUGAUGGAGGCGAUGGGCGUCGAUAGAGUAGUGGCUGUUGAUCUGCACUGUGGACAGAUUCAAGGUUUCUUCGGCCCGCGUGUGCCAGUAGACAACGUAGAAGCCCAGAUCGUUGGCUUGGAUUACUUCGAGGCGAAAGAAUUAGACAAACCAGUCGUGGUUUCCCCAGAUGCUGGCGGCGUGUACAGGGCGCGGAAAUUUCAGGAAGGCAUGGUCCGCCGCGGGUAUAAAGACUGUUCGAUCGCCAUGUUGAUAAAGCGCCGUAUUAAGGCAAAUGAAGUGGAAAGCAUGGAUCUUGUAGGAUCUGUAGAGGGACGCGAUGCCAUCAUCGUAGACGACAUGAUAGAUACCGCCGGCACGGCCGAUGGUGACGAGUUGCAAAAAGAUAAGGAUUCUCUCAAUAUCUAUAUUGUUGGCGGACGCUAUUCGUCGGAUCCAUCAAAAAGAAAGCUUGAAUGA